AUGCUCCUACCACUACCACUACUACUGCUACCGCUUUACUUGGCGAUAAUCACGACAGCUUGGCUAGCUGAGGCGGCCAUAAUCCCACUAAGCGAUUAUCAAGUCGUCCAGCAAGCUCCAAAAAAGGCCAUUAAAGCCACGGAUAUGAGGAAGAUACCACUGUUGUUCCACUUGUUGCGUUCAACUCCAGAUCUUAGGGGGACUACAUCUUUGCACACACUAAAUGCGGUUUGGGACCGUUUUUGGUGCCAAGGUAUGGAAACGUGGAAUUUCAACGAUAAUGCGUGUCCGACAUUUGAGUUCAAACAUCCGGCAUUGACCGAUGUCGUGGUUGCGACUCAGGCCAUCCUCCACGUGAAGAAAAUCACCCCCAAAGAAAUGAAGCAGCUUCUCAAGUCCAUCUUGCUAUACAGGUUGGAAAAUGGCGCAUUUGCAACUUCUCCGGGAGGCGACGAGAUCGACACCAAUGAAAAUGCCCAGCUUGUCCAGGUGUUUCUCGACGCUUACGAGCAAACGGGGGAGGACGAGUACUUGCGAUACGCAGUGGAAGUUAUGGAGUACAUCAAGACACGCGACUUUGACGACCGAGGAGCAAUUCUCCAGAACAACAAGGCCAGCAGAGUCUCCACCAUCGCCACGGUUCAAACUGCGCGCAGUGCCCUCCGCCUCCACCGCAUCAACAACGACAUGUCGAUGCUUAAACUCGGCGAAGCGAGCUUCAAUUUUUUGUUUGCACACUUGCAGGAUCCCAAGGACAAGCUAUUCUACGAUGGACUCGACUCGGCGCGGCUCUCCGAGACACAGAAGGUGGUGUAUAACACAAAGCUGAUCCAAACUGCUGGGGUCGCCAUGUCGGCCUUGUAUGAAACAUUCCGCAUCAUCGGCAACCCCAUCUUGGUGGAUCGCGCCGUGGCACUAGCUGAAGCGCUCACGGAUAAGAAUAGCCCCGUGAUGAGCUUUGAGAAAUUGUGGCUCGGCACACCGCAUGAGCUCCACUAUGUAUUCAAGGGCUUCUAUGAUUGUUUCCUUUUAACGCCACGGUUCCACAAGUUUCGAUCCGAAGUCGUAAGGCAAGCGAAUUUCAUCUUCAAGUUCUUACAAGACGAGGGCGACUAUGGUUUGUUCUUUGACCAAGCCUCUUCGACUAAAAAAAGUUUUGAUCGGUUUGCACGCGUGUUUCAGCUUUAUGAUAAUAAUUAUAAAGCUGUUCCUGAUGGGUUUUGCGAAUUGGAUAUUUUCAGCCAGCCUAGGAAAAAACUAUUGACCAACGCUAGCAUUGCUCAAAUAUUGUAUUUCGUACCUCGUUUUAAUUUCAUGACUCUAUAA